AUGGAGGGGUGUUGGGGCCCUCCUCCUCGAGGAGUUCUAAAAAUCAACACUGAUGGUUGUUCUCGACAAAAUCUUGAUCCUAUUGGGAUUGGUGGGGUGGCGCGUGAUAGUUUUGGUACUGUUCAGUUUAUCUUUUCAGUCUAUAAGGGUAUGCAUAUAAACAAUUUCAUGGAGGCUCUUGCCAUUUUAUAUGUUGUGGAGCAUUGUUGUGAACUAGGCUGGAGAAGUAUUAUUUGUGAGUCAAAUUCUCAGGUGGUGUUGACUUUGUUGAAUAAGCAACGUUUAGAAGAUGUCGGUUGGCAAUUGGUUUUGAUUAUUAAUCAGAUUCUUCAACUGUGUGCUUCCUUGGAAUUUGUUUCUUUCUGUCAUAUUCUGAGGGAAUGGAAUGGUGUUAUGGAUUGUUUGGCCAAACGGGCUUAUGUUCAUAUGUAA